GAGGUGGCCGAUUCCACCGUCAGUAUGAGGAGCAUGUUGAUGAUACCGAAUUUGAGGAUGAGGACGACGAUGGACGAGCAUGGCAGGACAACAAUCUGGGCAACAUCAAGAUGAACAUUCCUCCUUUCCAAGGGAAGAAUGAUCCCGAAUUGUAUCUUGAUUGGGAGAGAAAGGUGGAGCUUAUGUUCGAUUGCCACUCCUAUUCCGAGCUCAAGAAGGUGAAGUUGGCAGCGGUUGAGUUCUCAGAUUAUGCACUUGUUUGGUGGGAUCAACUGGUCACGAGUAGGAGAAGAAACAAUGAGCCAUCUAUUCAAUCUUGGCAGGAGAUGAAGGCUGUGAUGUGGAAACGUUUUGUGCCAACUCAUUACUACCGAGAGCUUUUCAACAAGUUGCAGACCUUGAGGCAGGGCAGUCGGAGUGUGGAUGAGUAUUAUAAGGAGAUGGAGGUUGCCAUGAUUAGAGCCAAUGUGGAGGAGGAGCGAGAGGCGACCAUGGCCAGAUUCUUGGCUGGGCUGCAUUGGGAUAUUCGUGAUAAGGUGGAGUUGCAGCACUACGUUGAGUUGGAGGACAUGGUCCACAUGGCCAUCAAGAUAGAGACUCAACUCAAGCGGAGGGGCAACAACAGCAGCAACCAGCGCCAGACUCAGGGCAAGUGGAGGUCGUCGCAACCCGUUGCCAGCGGUUCUUCGUCCAGAGGGAUUCCCUGGCAGAAGGAAGCCCCGCCGCGUGAGGAGAAAAAGCAAUUUGUUCGGUCCCGACCAGAGGGCUCCGGUGCAGCGAAUCAGGGUAGUCCGACCGUUGUCGAUGGUCGAAAUCGCGAUAAGAAGUGUUUUAAGUGCCAAGGGUUCGGGCAUAUUAUGAGUGACUGUCCGAACAGGAGACUCAUGAUAAUGCGCGAUGAUGGCGAAGUUGUGACGGAUGGGGAUGACACCGACCCUGAUAUGCCGAAAUUGGAGGAUGUCGAUGAUACCGCUGAUGAGGAGGAGUGUGAGGAGAUUUUUGCGCCCAAUGGACAACUUUUUGUAGCUCGGCGAGCCUUGAGUGUCCAAACUCCACCCCCGGAACGUGAGCAGAGGGAGAAUCUUUUCCACACGAGAUGUCUUGUUCAAGACAAGGUAUGUAGUGUGAUCAUCGAUGGCGGGAGUUGCACGAAUGUGGCUAGUAGAGCCGUGGUUGAGAGAUUGGGGCUAACCACGGAGAAGCAUCCCAAGCCGUAUCGUUUGCAGUGGCUAAAUGAGACUGGCAUUAUCAGAGUGACCAAGCAAGUGAAGGUCCCUUUUCGCAUUGGGACGUAUGAGGAUGCGGUGGUGUGUGAUGUGAUCCCUAUGCAAGCGAGCCACAUCCUGUUGGGGCGCCCGUGGCAAUUUGAUCGCCGUGCAAUUCAUGAUGGUUACACCAACAAAUACUCAUUUACCUACAAGCAGAAGAAGGUGUCGCUUGUUCCUCUUACUCCUACCCAAGUUUAUGAGGAUCAAGUGCAAUUGCAAAGGGAGGCGGACAAUCUGAAGUCCAAGGAGCAGCCUGUGGAGAAGAAGGAGCAGGGGCUGAACCAUAAGUCCUUUCUGGCUACGGCUAGUGAUUUGAAGUGGUGUGUUCAGGAGGAGAAGCCGAUCUUGCUGUUGCGAUAUCAGGAGACUUUGCUUAUGACUAACGAUCUCUCUUCUCUACCCCCUUCUAUUCGUGGUGUGUUGCAGGAAUUUGAUGAUGUUUUUCCCGAAGAUACACCUACCGGCUUACCACCACUUCGAGGGAUUGAGCAUCAGAUUGACUUUAUGCCCGGCGCUACUCUGCCGAACAGACCAGCCUACCGCACCAAUCCGGAGGAGACGAAGGAGUUGGAGAGGCAAAUUGGCGAGUUGUUGGCCAAAGGGCAUAAGGACUCGUCGUGGAGGAUGUGCUGUGAUUGUCGAGCUAUCAAUAACAUCACGGUAAAAUAUCGCCAUCCCAUUCCUCGUUUAGAUGAUAUGCUCGAUGAGUUACAUGGUUCUUGUAUCUUUUCGAAGAUAGAUUUGCGUAGUGGAUAUCAUCAGAUUAGGAUUAAGGAAGGUGAUGAGUGGAAAACUGCUUUUAAGACAAAACUUGGUAUGUAUGAGUGGUUAGUUAUGCCUUUUGGUUUGACUAAUGCGCCUAGUACUUUCAUGCGUCUUAUGAAUCAUGUUUUGCGUGCUUUCAUUGGUAGAUUUGUAGUUGUUUACUUUGAUGAUAUCCUCAUUUAUAGCCAGCAUUUUGAUGAGCAUGUUGAUCAUUUGAGGUCUGUUAUGGAUGUACUUCGAAAGGAAAAGUUGUUUGCUAACCUCAAAAAGUGCAUUUUUGCUACGGACAAGCUUGUGUUUCUUGGUUUUGUUGUUAGUGCACAAGGUGUACGUACAGUUGAUGAGGAGAAGAUCCGAGCAAUCCAAGAGUGGCCAACACCGAGGAACAUUGCAGCAGUCCGAAGCUUUCAUGGUCUUGCUAGCUUCUAUAGGCGAUUCGUGCCUCACUUCAGCAGUAUCGCCGCUCCUUUGACGGAAGUCAUCAAGAAGAAUGUGGAGUUUCAAUGGGGCAAAGCGCAAGAAGAUGCAUUUCAGCAGUUAAAAUACAAAUUGACCCAUGCCCCGGUAUUAUCUCUUCCAAAUUUCUCCAAAUCUUUUGAGAUUGAAUGUGAUGCUUCUGGUGUUGGUAUUGGUGCAGUGUUGAUGCAAGAGAGACGUCCCAUUGCGUAUUUCAGCGAGAAGUUAAAUGGGGCAACGUUGAGUUAUCCAACGUAUGAUAAGGAGUUGUAUGCAUUGGUGAGAGCUUUGCAAACAUGGCAGCACUACUUGUGGCCCAACGAGUUUGUCAUUCACACGGACCAUGAGUCGUUGAAACACUUGAAAGGCCAACACAAGUUGAACAAGCGACAUGCGAGGUGGAUGGAGUUCAUUGAGACGUUUCCCUACGUCAUCAAAUACAAGCAAGGUAAAGAGAAUGUUGUGGCUGAUGCACUUUCUCGAAGGUAUGCCUUGAUUUCUACCUUAGAUGCUAAGUUACUUGGCUUUGAGUGCAUCAAGAGUUUGUAUGCGAGUGAUGCUGAUUUUGGUGAGAUUUAUAUAGCAUGUGCGAGAGCUGCUAGUGGAGAGUAUUUUAGGCAUGAUGAUUUUCUUUUUUGGAAGAAUAAGUUAUGUGUGCCUCAAUGUUCUUUACGAGAGUUGUUAUUGCUUGAGUCUCAUGGUGGGGGUUUGAUGGGACACUUUGGCAUUGCUAAGACUUUGGCUGUUCUGCAUGAACAUUUCUUUUGGCCUCAUAUGAAACGUGAUGUUGAGAGAAUUUGUGGUCGAUGUGUUACAUGUAAACAAGCUAAGUCUAGGGUGAGUCCUCAUGGUUUGUAUACACCAUUGCCUAUUCCUAACGCACCUUGGAUUGAUAUUUCUAUGGAUUUUGUGUUAGGUUUGCCUAGAACUAAGCGUGGCCGAGAUUCCAUCUUUGUGGUUUUUUCUCCAUUUGAAAUCGCGUAUGGAUUUAACCCUUUGACACCUUUGGAUUUGACUCCGUUACCCGAGAUUGAGCAGGUUAACAUGGAUGGCCAGAACAGAGCUGACUUUGUGAAGAAGAUCCAUGAACGUGCCAGAGCCAACAUUGAGCGCCGCACGCGGCAGUAUGCUGAGCAAGCUAAUCGGGGUCGUCGCAACGUAGUGUUUGAGCCCGGUGAUUGGGUUUGGCUACACAUGCGCAAGGAAAGACUUCCAGAGCAGAGGCGCUCCAAGUUACUCCCUAGGGGCGAUGGUCCAUUCCAAGUAUUGGAACGGAUCAAUGAUAAUGCCUACAAACUCGAUUUACCCGGCGACGCUGUGGAUUUGAGGACAAAUCCUUUUCAAGAGAGGGGGAAUGAUGCAGUUCAGAGUAGAGGUCAGGAUGCGGAGCAAAGCCGAAUUUCAGAGGCUGCACAGAGUGAAGAUCCGGUGCACGUGCCCGUUGGUCCAGUGACGAGAGCUAGGGCCAGGACGUUCAAGGCCAAUUUAAUGACAUUGGUGGAGGAAAUCUGGAGGCAGGAGCUGAAAAGGCCAAUUGGAGAAGGACCGACGGAUCAGAGUUCAAAGGUGGUAAACCUUAUUGCUUACCGAGUUGAACCACCAGAGAAGUCUCGAUUCCUCUGGCUUUGCCAGAACAGCGAAAUCAUGCCGCCCAGAGAAGACUCGAUCCCUCUGGCCUUGCCAGAGCAGCGGAAUCGUUACCCCCGGGAAGAAGCGACUGGGCAGAGAACUCACGUUGAGUCUGCCCGAGCAGAGAACUCAAGUGGAGUCUGCCCGAACAGAGAACUCAAGUGGAAUCUGCCCGAGCAGAGAACUCACGUUGAGAGUAUGACUGGAGUCGAUUUGCCUACAUAUAUGGUGGAAGAGCUGCAGAAAAUCAUAGAGAAUGCGUUUAAGCCUAUUCAUGAGAGCUGCAAGAAAAGGCGAGAUGAAGCAAGGGAUCAUGAGAAUAUCAAGUUGAAAAAUAUUCCAUCAAUCCAAAAGAAACACGAUCAUAAAUCGUAUCUUGGAGGGGAGUGGGAUAAUUGGAUCUAUGAAGAGAAUCAGUCAUUGCCAAAGCAACAACUAGAAGACACCGUCACUCUCAACCAGACAAGCCACCGUUUGAAUCCAAAGAAGAUGAAUGUUGAAGUGGAAGUCGUGGCGUAUAUCAAUGAAGAGGCAUGUUUGAAUCCAAAGGAGUUGGUGGAAGUUGAUAGAGAGGUUGAUGUCAAAGAUGAUGAGUCUACUCCUAAAUACAUGGUGGAGAAAUCGGGGCUGACCGAGGUGCAACACCCCAAGCCGUAUCGUUUGCAAUGGCUGAAUGAGACCGGCGUCGUCGAGGUUACCACGCAAGUGACAGUGCCUAUUCGCCUUGGCAAGUAUGAAGAUGAGGUUUUGUGCGAUGUUAUUCCCAUGCAGGCGACCCACAUUUUGUUGGGUAGACCGUGGCAGGUCGAUAGACGAGCUAUUCAUGAUGAAGUCACCAAUAAGUACUCCUUCGCGUAUAAGCAAAAAAAGUUGGCAAUUGUUUCCCUUAGUCCUCAACAAAUUUAUGAGGAUCACUUGCAACUGCAGCAACGGCACAAGGAGGCGGAUAAAGUGAAGUCUACGGAGCAGCCAGUGGAGAAAAAGGAGAUGAAGGUUGCAGUGGAAGUUGUGGUGGCUAUCAAGGAUGAGGACUCACGUGAGGAAGUGCUUGAGAAGUCUACUUCAUCUAUUUUGGAAGCAAAGGCUUUGUCACAAGCUAUGGGUAUUGAACAGGAGCAGCGAUGUGAUGAUGCAAAUAAGUUCGAGCUGACCUUGUUCACGCAACAUCAGCUGCAAUGGCAGACUCAUAUUGGCGACACCAAGCUGAUGAAGUUGGUGAGGGUCCGUUCCACAUCGAUCAAUAUGAAAGGGAAAUCUUUGGUGAGGCAACGCCGAUGCUAA